AUGCUCAAAACACCACCUCUCCAGACGGCGACCGCGACGAUCGAUACAUUGUGCGGUCGCCUAGAAUCUGCUACUCUUUUGGAGGACCGAAGAGCUGCGAUCCUGGGUCUGCGUAGCUUCGCAAAGCAGUACCCUGCUUCUGUCGCAAGCGGCUCCCUCCGAGAACUAAUAUCCACGUUGAAGAGAGAUGGGCUGGGAGAGUCAAGUCCGACCAAGAGUCAAGAUAGCGAGUCGCGAAAGAGUCAAGAGGGCGGGGAUGUGGACACGAUCAGAUUGGUCUUGGAAACACUCCUCAUGCUGUUCAACCCGGACAGCAAUUCUCCUGAAGCUGGCGACGAGAUCGCCUUCUUUCUGGCUGACGAUCCGUACGCCGAUUAUUACUCGCGCCUGUACUCUGUACAAAUCCUAUCUUCGAUAUGCGCCGCACGCCCCGACCGAUUACAGGAAUGCAUACUGUCUGCGCCGCUUGGCAUCUCAAGACUAGUCGGGGUUCUCGAUGAUGGCAGGGAUGCUGUGAGGAACGCGGGUCUUCUGCUGCUUGUGGAUCUUACCAGCGGUGCCAACGAGGAUCUUAGAAAGAUUGUUGCAUUUGAAGAUGUGUUUGGAAAGAUCUUUGCACUCAUUCGGUUGGAAGGAGGACUGGCUGAAGCUGGCAUCACCGCACAAGACUGCUUGAGUCUGCUCGCCAAUCUCAUAAGGGGCUCUGCGAGCAAUCAGACCAUGUUUCGCGAGUCUGGCUGUGUGGCCCAAUUAACUAAGCUGUUGGCUGAAGCAUUCCCUCCCGAAGAUUCAGAAGCACCCUACGUCGCCCAGAGUCGAGAGAAAGCCGCUUGGGGACUGGUACAACUUCUGAGACUUUUCUUCUCGCCAGGCGAAACAAGCACGCCACAAAACCAGACGGCUUUCUUUCGAGCCGGAACCGCGCAAGUCCUGAUCGACCUGGGCUUUACUGGGUCUUUGCCGUCUCCUAUCCGGACAUCAGCACUAAAAGCGGCAGCCGCGCUGAUCGAGUCAAACCCGCCAUUGCAGGAGCAGUUCGCUGCUUUGACUGUUAUCACCCCAGCAGACGCCGAGCACAAUGCCGAGCAAGCACAGAAGCCUCAACAGGUCAAUGGGACUCGACCUAAGAGUGCUGCAGGAAACAGAGCCAGUGCUCGAGCAAGUGUCGAAAAUCGCCGAACUUACAUCAUUGAAGCGCUUCUGGACAUGUGCCUGGGACAGUCUCAGUCAGAGCCGUCACUGCGAGCGGCAUCUUGUGGCCUCAUUCAAGCAUAUCUCACUAACCAUGAACGGAUCAGGGCCCACUUCUUGCAGCGAGCCGUUGCUGGCCAUGCUGAGAAAGAGACCGCUGCCAAUGUGAUCACAGCACUUCUUCAUCCCACCGAGAAUGACUCUAGCAGCGUGGUCUUUGCCUCGUGGAUCAUUCAGGAUCUGGCUGCCGACAAUCUCGACGCCAAAUCAACCCUCCUUGCUGUCAAAGAAGGCAACGAAAACGAAGGCGAGGACGUUGUGACUGCUGUUCAAGCUUUUGGCUCGCAAUUGCAAGCCUCGCUGCAGACACCUAUAGACGAACGACUUGCAGCGUCUUAUGCGAGCCUUUUAAGUACCCUGCUAUGGGACUUUGCUCCCGGCGUUGACGAUCUGUUGGAAGAUGGAUCGAGUCUGAUGCAAACACUUGUCGGACUUGUCAAGGCCCCAAGCGAUCCCGUGGUGACUGGUCUUUCUGCCGUACUGCUAGGCACGGUGUACGAGUUCAGCACAAAAGACUCGCCCAUUCCAAGAAGGACAUUGGCGCCAUUGCUACAACAGAAGCUGGGUCGGACAAAGUAUCUUGACGCUCUUUUGCAACUUCGACGCCAGCCAGCAAUCCGCGAUUUCGACUUGGAUCUGGAGUCUGACGAGAAUGAUGCCCUCCUCAGUCGAGUGUAUGUUGAGCUUUUCGCAGUGGAAUAUUCUCGGCUGCGAAAAGCUGUCGAUAAAGAUCCUGGCGUAGAGGUAUUGCCCCCAUCCGCGGCCGAAGCUGGAGUGGAUCGGGACGUUCUGGACGACUUGAGACAGCAACUUCAGUCUGCCAAGGAUGCACUUGCACAGGCACAGCAGGAAGCUUUGGAGGCAGGCCAGAAGGGUGAGCAGGACAAGAUGGCGGCUCACAAGGAGCUACAAACAUCGAUUUCGGAAACUGAACGCCUGCGCAAAAUCAACCAAGCAAUGCAGCAAGGGCAUGAAGCUGAGCUUGAAAAGCAGCAAAAGCAGUUCGAGCAGCAGCGUCAAACUAGCGAUACCCGCCACCAGCAUGCUCUGGCUGAUGCAAGGAGAGACGCUGAGCGGAAAGGGCAGGAGACAUUGCGUGAGCGCGAAACCGCAUCUACAACCAAGAUGCAAGAGUAUGAGCGGCGGAUUGCAGAGCUCGGCAAUUCCCAUCGGACUGAGGCCAGCGGACAUGCGAAUGCCAGGCAGCAGCUCGAAGCAUUGACCGCAAAGCACAACGAGAUUAUCACACGCGAGCGUGACCUUGCGAGACAACUUCAGGAUCUGCAGCAGCAGUACGCCACGGCUGAGAAAGGUCUCCAAACGGCCACUGAAAGAGCCACUGCGGCCGAGUCGAAGCUCAAUAUCGCAAAGACCGCUCUCGAUACGAGGGGAGAGGAAGUCGAUCAGUUGAAAUCACAAGUCAGCGAGCUCAAGGAGGAGCUCAAGACUAGAGAUGAAGAACUGAAGACUGAGCGCUCAGGUUUUGCCGACUUGGAAAAGGAACUUGAAGGGGCAAAGGCAGACAAUAAGGCCGAGAAGGAGAAACUUGACAAGUUGGAGAAGGAGGUUGAGGAGGCGAAGCAGGGCGAGAAGUCGGCGAAGGACGAACUGGAGAGCAUGCUGCUCGUCAUGGGCGACAUCGAGGCUAAGAGGGAUGAGUAUAAAGCGAAGAUCAAGGAGUUGGGUGGGGACGUCACUGAUGACGACGAGGAUGAGGACGAGGAUGAGGAAGACGAGGACGGAGAGGAUGAUGUAGAUUAG